ACAGCGCCGAAGGGGGCGUGGAAAAGUUUGUAGCCCUGGCGCCAAAUCCCCAGGAACAAGCCGCUGUCUUUGGGGACGCCUCUUCCUCAAGGUGUGUAAAAUGGCAGAGAGACCUGUCUGGGAGCAAAUUGGAACCAGUUUUAUACAGCUGUAUUAUCAACAGUUUGAUACCAACAGGGAACAAUUGGGAGCCCUUUAUACAGAUGCAUCAUGUUUGUCAUGGGAAGGGCAACAGUUCCAGGGAAAAACAUCAAUUAUGGAAAAAUUAAUGAGACUCCCUUUCCAAAAAAUUCAGCAUAACAUCACAUCCCAAGAUCAUCAACCAACUCCUGACAAUUGUAUUCUUAGUAUGGUAGUGGGUCAGCUGAAGGUGGAUGACGAUCCAGUGAUGGGAUUUCAUCAGUUGUUUGUCCUCAAGAACAUUAAUGAUAAAUGGGUUUGUUCCAAUGACAUCUUUCGGCUGGCUCUGUACAACUUUGCUUAAAAUCUCUGUUUGGAAAUGCACCUUCCCUUUUCUCAAAUUUCUAACUAAACAAAACCUGGUUUAAAGUUAUUUUUUUGUGAGAUUUGUGUUUGAAAGAACAUGUCUGUCCUGUCCUGUUGUGUUAAUUGAAAUAGCUAAUAUGUUCAUUUUGUCAGAUAUACCUAUAUUCCUCCCUUGUACAUCUGUCACAUAAAACAUCUCAUGAAUUCUGUCUUGUAAGAACAUUGCCUGGCUUUUUAAAAUUACAUUUGCUGAAACCUAUUAAAUUGAUUUAUUAUUCUAAAAAAUAGCACAUUUUUCAACAAAAUAACCACUACGAAACCCAGUUGGUAGACCUGAACUGAAUCUUUGCUAUUCUUUAACGCUUUUCUUUGUACAACUUAAAACCACAUGUUCACAUUAUUUGUUAAUAUGAUGUUGACUCAGGAUAAAAUUUGCUUGACAAUUCUGCAUGAGAAAUAUGUUGUUUCAAUAAAUUCUGACAAGGA